AUGAACGAAAUUACAAUCCCAUGUUCUAAUUGCAAACAACCUAUAGCUGAAUCAAAACAUAUGCUUCAUGAAACAUAUUGUCUACGUAAUAAUAUAAAAUGUCCGAAAUGUGGAGUAUUUUACGAUAAAAAUGAUCCAGAUAGUCAUGAGGAGGAAUACCAUAAAAAAGAAAAAUGUUAAUAUUGUUCCUUUGAAACUGAAGAUUUGAAAAAACAUAAAUGCUUUAAGAAACCAAAAUAAUGCAUGCAUUGCGAUCUCUCCUUCCCAGCUGAUUAGUUAUUUUAACAUGAGAAUCAAUGUGGAAGUAGAACAUAAAAAUGCGAUAUCUGCAAUAGUUAUAUAAUAAUGAGGGACUACCCAACUCAUCUAAUGACUUGUACUCCUAAACCAAAGCCUGACUCCACUUAAGUAUAGAAAAAGCCAACCACUUAAGAAAUUUUUGAUAAACCAAAUUAUGACAGGUCCAAAAUAGAUGAUAGAAUUGAUCAAUAGAAAUUUAUUAGCAAAAAGGAAACACCCCAAUAAAAUACCUCGAACCAAGUCUCAUCCAAAUAAUAAGUUCAACAACAAUAACAAUAAUAAUAAUAAUAAUAGCAACAAACCAGAAUUGCAGGAUCUGGAUACAAAUAUGGAUAGGCAGCUGGUGAGUCCAAGACUUCUUAUCAACUAAAAGACGAAGACAAAAAUAGAUAAAAGGAUACAAUUAGACCUCCGUCUUCUAAUAAUUCAACAGGUUCCAGACCUCAGGCUUAAAUCGCGACAUAAGGAACAUAACCUAAAUAACAAUAAUAUAAUGCUACGUAUAAUCAAAGAUAAUAGAAUUCCACAAAAAAAGAAGAGACAACACAAUUUGAUAAUCAAUAUGAAAGACAAUCCCAACAAUCCUAACCACAACCAUAAUAAUAGUAAAAGUAAUCAACUCAAGCUUAGAAAAGUUUGGAGAGUUACAAAUAUUCUUAAAAUGAUAAACCACAAUUUUAGAGUUAAAAUAAUAAUAAUCCUGGUUUAAGAAGACCAGAUACAGCAAUAGCAAGAGAAUUCUAAAAAUAAAUAGAGUUGGAAGAGGAAUUUGGGAUAAGUCCAGAAGAGUAUUUAGAAUAACAAAUAUUUAAUACAAUGCCAAUAAAUGGAAAGACAGAGAAAAUUCAGCCUGUCAAAAAAACACCACCUCCUUAAUCUGUAAUACCAGCAAGGGUUCCUCAGAAUUAUGACAGCAAGGAAUUCGAUUUCGAUUUCUACGAUAUUUCGGAGGAAGAAAAACUUGCAUAAUAAUAAAUAAUGGAAAGUUUAAAGGAUAAUAAGAAAAAACGCUGA